CUCCAGUCACGUGUUUCAGCGCCUGGCGUCUCUGUGCUGAAGCAACUGUGGUCCCAAAGUAACGAGCGAGCUGAGAGAUGGAGACGCGGACUGUCUGCGAGAGCACAAUGCGCCGCCGGACCUGAAAGCACGCGCAAAACUAAAGAAUCAAUUCAAGAACAACGUCUGAGCUUCGAAAAAGGACCGCGCGGCUCUGACAUAGGAGGAAAAUGACAACGAUCUUCCUAAUAAAACCUUGUGGUUUUCCGAAGACCGUCUUCUUUGGGAUAAUGAUCGCUACGAGGGGCGCUGCAUGCGGCAGCCGAAGCGGCUUUUUUAAGGGGGAAAUUGGAACAUUCUAACCUACAGUUCGAAAUUGUUGAAACCGGCGGGUGCGAAUAUCCAUAGCCGAACAAAGGGGAGGCUAACUGGCACUGGCGAUCAUGAAGGUGGUUCUGGCUAACUUACUUGCGCUUCUCUUCAUGUGCACUUGUGCCUGUGUUUUCUAUGUCUUAACCAGGCUGGAAAGCAGAUUGGAGAAACACAGUCUUGGGUUUCGCACAGCGUGGGGUGCGUCCGCUCGCCCGGGUCGCCUGGAUCUUCCCCCUAAAACUUUCCGGGCGCUACUCGCUGUGCCCGUCGCACAGAAACUGUUGUUUGGGAACGCUGUGGACGUCCACAACCUUAGCGGCCAGGGCGAGCAGUCGGACACUUUCAGAGAUAAUGCACACUCGCGGCUGAGCGCUAACAAUAGAGGGUCUCGAGAGGAUCCGCUCAGGCUAAGCGACCUGGUUGAGGAUGGGGUUUUCUGGAGCGAACAGCUGGAGACUCAGGUGCCGGUGGGUUUCACGGAGGAACACACCCGGAACUGGAGAGCGAGAACCAGGGGUCAUCCCAUUGUGUCACUGGAACCGGGCUGUGGCAGGAUCUCCAACCGACUGGCCACUUUCUCCGACGGAACCAAAGCCUGCGUGCGGUAUGGAAUAAACGCGGACCAGGUGCAAGGGGAAACGCUGGCAUAUUACUUGGCCGCCCUGCUCGGUAUUCCCAACCUGCCGCCGCUCGCGCUCUCCCAGCUGAAUCUCGAGAGCGAACAAUGGGCUGCGGUGAAGGGGAGCGUCGCGAGUUUGCAGUGGACCGGGAAAGCGGUCGUGUCCCUCACCGAAUGGAUCGCUAACUUAACCGGAGUCGUCACCCCGGCGCCACUCCGACAAGAGGGCAAGGGACUGCACCCUCUGAGGGAAGAGCUGGAGAACAAGACGCUGGAGGAACUGCUGGAGCUCGUGCAGUGGUCUGACCUCAUCCUGUUCGACUACCUGACGGCCAACUUCGACCGGCUCGUCAGCAACCUCUUCAGCCUCCAGUGGGACUCGCGGGUAAUGGAGAGGGACACCAGUAACCUGCACAGGACACCGGACGGCGACCUGGUUUUCAUCGACAACGAGGCCGGGCUCGUGCACGGCUACAGGGUGCUGGAUAUGUGGGAGAAGUACCACAGCGCUCUUAUGGGCUCGGUGUGCGUGUUUAGGAGAAGGACGGCGCAGCGCGUGAUAGAGCUGCACCGGCUCAAAGAUGCAAGGACGCGACUGCUGCAGCUGUACCAGGAUAACGAGCCCUUGGCUCCUGAAUUGGGCUUUCUCUCCGAUGAGCACGCGGGGAUCUUGCAAAACAGAAUAGACCGACUAUACAGACACAUUUUGCACUGCAAAGGGAAGUACAGCCAAUUAUAAAUUACACGGCGUGCUAUGAAACGAGACAAAAGGGGGAGAAGAACACUUGGGUUUAAAAAAAUCUAUUUCUGGAAGUGUAUGUUGUCUGUUAGACACACCUGUACUAAAUUAUCGCGCUUCAUGCGAACUGUUAGAUCUGCUGAAAGAACUUAAUGAUCUACCUCCUGUGGAAAAAAAUGAAAGGCUUGUUACGUCAUGUUUUAAAAUUACAUGUAAUUGCUAUGUUUUAAAGUAAAACAAAAACCGUGCGUUGCGUCUAAUUAAGCCUUAAACGAUACUUAUAGCAAGCAUCUGUCCCUUUCUAUGACAUCUUUUUGUGAUAAAUUAUUGAGGGGUGA